UUUAGUGCCACAACAUAGCUAACAAAGCAACAAGGGAAUUCCAACGUAAAUGAAAAAGAUUGACGUGACGUCCAGGCUUUGCGUCGCGUGACUCAAAUGGUUUACUAGCUAAAGUUACAAUAGGUUGUCGUCCGUAGAUACCCGAUCAACGGUCAUCUCGCUCAAGCGUUUACAAGGUGGACGGAUGCCUCUGGACACCGAGCGUAAGGAGUUGCUGUUGAAAACGCUGAUGGAGCUGGGGGAGGACAACUUCCAGUCCUUCAACAGUUAUUAAGUAACGAUAAGCCAUGAAAAGCUGUCGUUAACAGAUAUUCGAUCGACGGUCACCUCGCUCACAUGUUAACAAGGAGGAAGGAUGACUCAAGACAGCAGGCAGAAAGAAACGCUGUUGCUGCCUCUAGUGCUCAGUUAAAGGACACGAAUCAACAUCAACUGGCAAACGAGUAUCCAUGUCUAGGACCUGUUAGUUUCCCAAACAAAUGUAACCUGUUACAGUUUCCCAAGAAGGCAUUACAAUUAGGAAGAUUCAAUUUAUGUUGAAGCAAAAAAUGAAUUAGGAUUGGACACAAACACACUGGAUAGGCUUUAUACACAGUAGAUCCUGGUGGUCCAUAUAAACUCAAUGGAGUUUCACAGAGGGAUACAUACCCGGAAGAGGAUGUGAAUUACAACCAUUCCUAUGUAUAUGACUUUCCAACUUUUCUGGUUGAAAAAAUGAAGAGGAGUCAUCCUUUUGGAGCUGUAACGGCAACGGAAGAAAAAAGAAAGAGAGAUAAUGGCGCCGUCUUCUCCAUCCAUGAUGAUGAACAGAUUGACAGAUUGAAGGCAGACCUGCAAAAAAAGCUGCAUAGUUUAUACAGCUUUGUUCCUGAGGGCAACACAGAGCGCUGGCAGCAGCAGCCUCUGGCAAACGUCUACACGGAGCUGGUCAUCACCUGCGGGGCCGACAUCAGGCCCGACGAGCGACACGAGGUCCUUCAGAUGGAGACGCGUGCCGCGGCGGCCAAGAAGUCUAUUCUGCCAUGCGACAUCUUCAAAAGCCAUGACGGGCAGCCGCGACCGAUACGCACGCUGCUCACCGUCGGCUUUGCGGGAAUCGGGAAAACCUUCCUGGUUCAAAAGUUAGUGUGCGACUGGGCCAGCGGGAAUGCCAACCAGGACGUGCACUUCAUAUUUCCCUUCACCUUCCGCGAGUUGAACACCGACGAAGGGAAAAACUUUACGCUGGCCAAGCUCAUCCGAUGCUAUGUCUGUGAGAGCAGGCACAUGAGCGAGGAGACCCUGAACAUUAUAUUAGACGAACUGCAGAAAUCCGGGAUACGGGACUACGAAAGCAGCCCGAUCAAGAUCUUGUUUGUCUUGGACGGACUGGACGAGUGCAAGUUCAAAAUGGACUUGAAGAAUGAGACGAAAGUAGACAUAGACGUGACAGAGGCCUACCCGCUGGAGAUACUCCUGGCACACCUCAUCAAGAGGAACCUGCUUCCGUGCGCCCGGGUCUGGAUCACCACGCGGCCCGCGACGGCCCGCGAUAUCCCGUCCGACCUCAUUGACGGCAGAACAGAGGUGAGAGGAUUCAGCGAUUCCAGGAGGCUGGAGUACUUCAGGAAAAAGUUCCCAAAUGAGGAGCGUGUCAUUAAGCACAUCCGAAAAACUCGCACCAUCCUUAUCAUGUGCCACCUGCCCAUCUUCUGCUGGCUCACCGCCACAGUUCUUCAGGAUCAUUUGGACAAAGGGAAGGAGGAAGAGCUUCCCGCAACGCUGACGGACAUGUACUCGGAGCAUGUUUUUAACCAGCUGGACAAGUCCAAGGAGCGACAGACGACCGAGUCCGCCGAUUACGUGAAACCGCUAGCAAAGCUGGCGUUUGACCACACCAUGAGUAAGCAACAGAUCUUUUACGAGGAGGACCUGGCGAAAAGCGGAUUUGAUUACAGCCAAGCCGCAAAACACUCCGGAAUAUUCACCGAGGUUUUUGAGGAGGUCCGUCCGCUCAGAAGAAACCAACAGGGCAAGAUGUUUCAGUUCGUCCAUCUGAGCAUCCAGGAGUAUUUGGCCGCAUUUCACGUGAUGAUAUGCCUCUUUCACGACAACAAGAACAUACUGGCUGAUUCAGAGCAGGCACUGGAGUGUGUCUUCCAAGAAGAAGAAGAAAAAUCAGAAGAAACAGAAUCAGAAGAUGGAGAAAAAGAAUCAGAAGAAACAGGAUCAGACGAUGGAGAAAAAGAAUCUGAAGAAGAUACAGAAGAUGAAGGGGGUUGGAAAAUCAAUGAGGUUCACCGGUCAGCUCUCCAGAAAGCCUCGGAGAGUGAAGGAAACUUGGACUUGUUCAUCCGCUUCCUCUUUGGCCUUUCCUUGGCGUGCAACCAGAAACUAGUGGGGGAACUGCUGAAAGCUCCUCAGGACUGCAGACGAAGCAAGUCAAAGACUGUCAAGUUGAUCAAGGAGCGGAUAAAACAAAACACUCCAGAGAAGAACAUCAACUUGUUCUACUGCUUAAAGGAGCUGAAGGACGACUCUUUGCUGAAGGAGUUUCAGAUAAAGAGAAAUAGUUCACACCGUAUAGACUGGAACAACAUGCCAAAUGACAUGUGGUCAGCCUUGGCCUUCUACUUACUGACAGACGACGAAAACAUGAAGUCCUUUAAACUGCGGAAAUACGCCCCAUCGCCUUUGGGGCUCGAGAAGCUGUUGGUGGUGGUCAAGGCGUCUGAAAAAUCAAAUCUAAGAAAGUGUGGCCUGGACAAAGGCAGCUGUCACCUGCUGGCUUCCGUUCUCAGCUCUCCAUCCAACAUGAAGCAUCUGGACCUGUGCCAGAAUGAUCUGUCGGACGAAGGGGUGGAGAUCCUCUCGAAAGAACUGGCCAGCCCAAACUGCACCUUAGAAGAGCUCACUCUAAGAGAGUGUGGCCUGGACAAAGGCAGCUGUCACCUGCUGGCUUCCGUUCUCAGCUCUCCAUCCAACAUGAAGCAUCUGGACCUGUCCCAGAAUGAUCUGUCGGACGAAGGGGUGGAGAUCCUCUCGAAAGAACUGGCCAGCCCAAACUGCAAGUUAGAGUCCCUCGAUCUAUGGAAUUGUAAGCUGGGAAAAGGCAGCUGUCACCCGCUGGCUUCUGUUCUCAGCUCUCCAUCUAACCUGAAGAGUCUGAGUCUGAGCUUGAACAAUCUGUCGGACGAAGGGGUGGAGAUCCUCUCAAAAGGACUGGCCAGUCCACACUGCACCCUAGAAUCCCUCCGCCUAAUGGAGUGUGGCCUGAGCAAAAGCAGCUGUCACCUGCUGACUUCCGUUCCCAGCUCUCCAUCCAACCUGAAGAGUCUGGACCUGAGCUAUAACAAUCUGUCAGACAAACGGGUGGAGAUCCUCUCGAAAGGACUGGCCAGCCCAAACUGCACCUUAGAAAAGCUCAGUCUAUGGAAUUGUAACUUGGACAAAGGCAGCUGUGACCUGCUGGCUUCCGUUCUCAGCUCUCCAUCCAACCUGAAGCGUCUGGACCUAAGGGGGAACAAUUUGUCAGACGAAGGGGUGGAGAUCCUCUCGAAAGGACUGGCCAGCCCAAACUGCACCUUAGAAAAGCUCAUCCUAAUGGAGUGUGACCUGGACAAAGGCAGCUGUCACCUGCUGGCUUCCGUUCUCAGCUCUCCAUCCAACAUGAAGCAUCUGGACCUGUACGACAAUGGUCUGUCGGACGAAGGGGUGGAGAUCCUCUCGAAAGGACUGGCCAGCCCAAACUGCACCUUAGAAUCCCUCGAUCUAAGUUAUUGUGACCUGGGCAAAGCCAGCUGUCACCCGCUGGCUUCCGUUCUCAGCUCUCCAUCCAACCUGAGGGAUCUGGACCUGAGCCUGAACAAUCUGUCGGCCGAAGGGGUGGAGAUCCUCUCGAAAGGACUGGCCAGCCCAAACUGCACCUUAGAAAAGCUCACUCUACAUGGUUGUGACCUGAAAAAAGGCAGCUGUCACCCGCUGGCUUCCGUUCUCAGCUCUCCAUCCAACCUGAAGCAUCUGAACCUGACAUGUAACAAUGUGUCGGACGAAGGGGUGAAGAUCCUCUCGAAAGGACUGGCCAGUCCACACUGCAAGUUCGAGUCCCUCGCCCUGUCAUGGUGCCAUAUCACCAAUGAAGGAUGCGUUUUUUUGGCUGAGGCGCUCAAAUUAAACCCCUCCCAUCUUGAAGAGCUGGACCUCAGGAACAAUCCAAUAGGUGAAAAAGGAAAGAGGGUCUUAUCGAACGUCCAAGAGGAUCCAAGCUAUCGCCUACAGACUGUCAGGUUCGAUUCGACAUUCAACAGUGAAAGCGAAUCAGAGGAGGAAGAAAGUCCCGAAGAACAUGAUUCUGAGGAGAUUUGACCGUACAGGUUCUAACCGGAGGCAGAAUCACCAUAACCUUGCCAGAUCAUCCUUGAGGUUCGGAGCCUUGCUGUGGACCAUUUGUUUUCAAUUUCCAUCACAGGUUAUCAAUAGGGUUUAGAUCUGGACUAUUUGCAGGCCAUGACAUUGACUGGAUGAGUCUUUCUCCAAGGAAUGCUUGAACAGUUUUAGCUUUGUGGCAUGAUGCAUUGACAAACAUAUUUUCAAUUGAAGGAAUAAAGAAAGCUGUCUAAAAUUUCAAUGUGCAAUCUGCAUUUUUUGAAGAUUUAACCACAGCCAUCUCCCCAGUGCCUUUGCCUGACUUGAAGCCCCAUAUCAUCAAGGACUGAGGGAAUUUUGAUGUUUUCGUCAGGCAGUCAUCUUUGUAAAUCUCACUGGAACAUUAUAAAAACAAAAGUUCUAGCAUCAUCACCUUGUCCAAUGCAGAUUCUUGACUCUUGGCCAAACCUGUGCAGCAGUAGUGUGUGAAAACAAUUUCCCGUGUGGACUGACAAGAAGAUUACGCGGACAUUUAACUGGUCGAGUCUUAGUUUCAUGUCAGGGACUUUCUCGGGAAGCGAUGUGCGUGAAAGCAGGCCUUAAAUUCACGGGUCACAGCACGAUGGCUGAUGACGUUAAUAUCAUCGCGGGGCGAUCGCCACUUCAUCUCUCUUCGCAGUAAGAAGAAAAGUGGUCAACAAACAUAGCUGGGAAUAGCUAAAUUAAACUGAAAACAACGAAAUUAAAUUGCUACGGGAUGGUAGGGUGGAGGAAGAGAUGCGUUCAAGGGUCCAUUAAGUACAUCGUCACCAAGAUCUGCACAUGCGGCGGCUCCACUCGCGCCUGGGCCCGAGCAUUCCGUGCACACCGCGAAAGCGAGCCUCUCCCCUCUGCUGCCCUGCAUAUAGAAAAGGGGGAAUAACACAAUGGGUCUGUGACAGUAGGUCGACAGGAAUCUUCUCUGGGAUUGUCUGGUCUUGAUAAGAUUGAAUUGGCUGCAAUUACGAUGAAGGGAACGCGCACUCUGGAAUAAAACACAAUUUGACCAACGUUGUGACAGCCGACGCCGACCAAAUUUGACGUAAUGUCCGGGUUAUAAAAUCGCGCCAGCAGCCCUCCCCACACAUAGGGCGCCAAUGGGCAACACUGGACAAGUCUGUGAAAGCGUCCAACCCGCGUCAUUCUCGGGACAUCCCGAGUAAAUCCCGCGUCACCUUACACAGGAAUUUCCCUGGAUAUGUGUGUGAAAAGGGCUUAAGUGACAGACGCUAUUGUUCUGUUUCCGCUCUCUCCAUCCCCCGCCGCUGCAGUCGUGAGAGAGAACUUCCGCCGCGUCCUCGGUCAUAUUGUCAGGGCUAGGGCUGGGCAGGUGUGUGGCUGUGUGUGUCAUCCAAUUACAGGCCCAGCACCUGACGAGUGGAGCGACAGCAGCUGUCAGCAAUCACCAUCACCAGCCUACAUAAGCCAGCUAGAGCUCCACCACGUCGCUGGAUCGUCUCUUUCUGUGAUCCUGCAAAUGCCUCACAUCUUUUACUACCUCUGCCCAGGCUCUCUACACAGAAGAACACCAUGGCUCUGGAACAAAUAAACUUUUUUGACUUCCUAACCACGCCAUCUCAUGUACCUGCUUUAGGGUUCUCUGCUCACGAUCGUAACACGUAUUUUUAUGGGAUCAAAGUCAUGCUUCUGUGUGACACGCUUGCUGCAGUGUAACUGAAAUAAAAAGAGAGACCGAAACUUUAAUUUCUAAACAUGGAACGACCAACACAUCACAUUUACCUGACGCGCCAUUGUAUUUUUGUUUUUGUGCUAUUGUUUAUUCUAAAGUAUGUGUAUUGCUAGUUUUCAAAUUUGUUGCUCUGAAGCAAAAACUUAAAAUGAAACGAUACUGAAAAACAGUAGUGGGAAGUCAAGUCACGUUGCAGAACGAAUCAUCUCAACAAUCUCUGUCAGGACUAGUGUUGUAUCGGUCGCGAACGAUUCGUUCUUUUUGAACGAAUUGUUUUGGUGAACGAGACCGAACUAAUCAUCAUCUGCACUGAUUCGUUCUAUGAAGGUGGUGCUUGUUCGCUGCGUGGGAGGGCGUUGAGCAAGCGGCAGCGUCUUCUGACAUCGCACACGACCAAUCAGACGCCAGCCUCAUCGCGGGCAGGGGAGGGACCGGAAACAGAAUCAGGGCGUUUGUCACUCACGUCCACGUGUGGCCAAUAAGCAGCCAGCGUGCAGGCAGGGGGGCAAGACUGAGUUUUGUCACUUCCCGUUCAGUGACUCGGUCCUCCGGUUCCUGACCUAGCUUGCUGCUAACUUGAUUUUCCAGUAAUGACUAUGCGGUGAAUGAAUCAGAAAAUGAAAGGAAAUGACUUUGUCACAUAUUUGUUAACGUGGAGCCUAUCAAAUGCUGCUCAAACAGACAAAAACACCACACAAAUCUAGCGAGCAUUGUUUAGAGUAGUACUUUUCUCAACAAACUCGUGACUGCCUAUGACGACAUACUAUCAAAUUUACAGUAAUUUAAAACACGGGUAGCUACGAGGCAAGCAAAAGCUGAGCUGCGGUCGCGUGACGGCAGUGAAGCGGGCAGAGAACUGUCACUAUAUGGAGGCUUCAUGGCAGCGAUAUUUACCUCAUAUGUGCACAGAAAAAAAUAUUUAGUAUGAUCACCAUAAUACUGAUUUGCAAUGAAACUGUAUAUACAUGUCAAUUUUUUCCCGAGUAUUUUUUUUUUUUUUUUCGUAUCAGCGUGUCGGGUGUUGGUUGGUUUGACAAAUUAUGUCAAUCCGUCCAUCAUGUGCUACUCAAGCGCCCAAAACAACGCACGCAGACACGGGAGAUGUCGCAAUAUGUCUACAUUUUUCUUAACAGACUAAUGAGAGUAGAAAGGCGACAUCGUAAAGAGCAAACAAUUAUUUCUCGUCAGCAUUUGACGAUCUGAGAUGCGGGGACGACAGGGGAGCUGACCGGAUUAUUUUAUUUAUUAAUACCAGUGCAAAAAAACAAUAUGAUCACCAUAAUACUGAUUUGCAAUGAAACUGUAUAUACAUGUAAUUUUUUUCCGAGUGUUUUUUUUUUUUUUUUUCUUCGUGUCAGGUGUUGGUUGGUUUGACAAAUUAUGUCAAUCCGUCCAUCAUGUGCUACUCAAGCGCCCAAAAACAAAGCACGCGGACACGGGAGAUGUCGCAAUAUGUCUACAUUUUUCUUAACAGACUAAUGAGAGUAGAAAGGCGACAUCGUAAAGAGCAAACAAUUAUUUCUCGUCAGCAUUUGACGAUCUGAGAUGCGGGGACGAUAGGGGAGCUGACCGGAUUAUUUUAUUUAUUAAUACCAGUGCUAAAAUUCAACACGAUCAUCUUAAUACUAAAAAACAAAAAUACAACAGAGCGAGAUGUAAAUAUGAUGUGUUGGUCGUUCCACAUUCAGAAAUUAAACUUUCGAUGUAUUUUUAUUUUCGUGACAGCAAACAUGCUGUAUAUGUGAUUGUAUGUGUGAUCAAGAACCUGCUAAAGAAAGUCCGUCCGCCCCCGCCCCCUACUCCCCUCACAAAAGGAAAAUGUUUAACCGUGUCCUAAAUCGAAAUGCAAGCACGAGCCAUGACUUUGAGCCCAUAGAACUAGGACAGACGACGCGGAAGUUCUCCCUCGCUUUUGCAGCAGCAGGAGGGAGACGAGGCUGUCUGUGAAAGCAGAAUGAUACCGCCUGUCACUCAUUUCUGAAACUACGACGAGUGGUCAAUGUGGAAGAGAGGGAGGGACCAAGCAAUGUCACUUCCCGUUCAGUUAUACUGCGAAGCAGUGCCAUAUAUUUAGAGAGUCACGACACUCCCAUAGGGAUCCAUUAUACGAUUUUACUUCCGGGUACUUCCGGGUUAUGGAGCCUUGGAUAGUUACAAACAUCGCAUUUGUCAUGGCGGACACCAUUCAUUUGAACGGCAGGCUGUCAAGUAUAUUCGGAGCUCAUGGCAUGAGGGAAGGUUGCUGUGCAAACUCAUAGCCUUUCUUUCCAGCUGCUCCACAACAUUGGAGGAUUCCAUGAGGGAAUCAUUCGUAGCCAAACGGAACAGAUGCUCGACAUCCUUUAAGAGAGUGAAGACCUCAUCCGAUGGCCGGUGCUUCAACCAAUGCACACUGGCAUUGGUUGCAGAGUGAGAAGCUGAUGACCCUCUUCACUAUGCAUCCUGCCAGAUGUUGCCAUUUUGCCUGACAGCGUGGUCCCUGGCGCAUCUGGGCCUAGUGUUGUGGCGCCACCGCUGGUUCCUGAUUGGUCGGCACCCGGCUCAUCCACCCCUGGAUCACCUGGCCUGGAUACGUCAUUGUGCUCACUUUCGCCCAACCUUACCACCUCAAUUUCUCCCUGAAUGUCUGUAACAAUAACAAGGCAUUCUUAAUUUUAUAUGCAGUCAGUGUUUUUACAUUUGCACCUAUUGUCAUCUCCAAAGUAAGGGUACACUACACUCCUAAAGGGAAAAAUAAAUAAAUAACGGACAUUACUGUUACAUGAAUCAAAUCAUCUGCCACAAUCAGAAACUGCUAUGGCAUUGCCAUGUGUCAACAGUCUGGUGAUAUCAUGGAGUUGGUUCUGCUUUGCUGUUGUAUCCACCAGAAAUGUUUAGUUAUAGGUGAAAAUUAAAUGCAUAAAUAAAGCUAAAUUAUGAAGUAACAAACAAUGAAGUAGAUCGAAAUUUUGUGUGUAAAUCCCAGGACAAUUCCUGACCUCUUGUAUUUGAAGCUGAAUGUAUUAAUAUGAAAAAUGUAAUUAUCUUAUUAGGAGUGUAGUUUAUCCUUGAAUUACUUGGCAUGGGAAAUGUUGUUGACAGCUGGUCUGUAUCAUACCCAAGUUUAACCUGGUGCAAUAUGUAUGGUCUGUUUGAAUUUUGGUUGGAGGCACACUCCUAAAGGGAAGUUUCCUCCUCUUUGGCUUCGAACGAUGAAUGAAAAUGGUUGGGACAGCA